AUGAGUUUACAUGAACCUGUUUCUGCUGCUGAAGGUGUUCCAUUUUGGACCCCCAAGCAAAUCUUGAGAGCUGGUACCGCUGUUGUACCUCAACCAGAUGGAAAGGCAAUUCCAAAGAUAUUCCAACCAUUGAAGAUUAGAGGUUUAACUAUUCAGAACAGAAUUGGAUUAUCACCAAUGUGUCAGUACUCUGCCAACCCCAAAUUUGAAGCCACACCAUGGCAUGUGGUUCACUACGGUGAAAUAAUCAAGCGUGGACCUGGUUUAUCAUUUAUUGAAGCCACUUCAGUUUCCCCUGAGGGUGGACUUUCACCUCAAGAUUUGGCUAUUUUCAACGACGAACAGGCCAAGAAAUUGAAGGAUAUUGUUGACUUUGCUCAUUCUCAGAAUCAACAUAUUGGUAUUCAAAUUGCCCAUGGUGGUCGUAAGGCCAGUGGAUCUCCAAUGUACGAGCAUUUAGAAAGGAUUGCGGAUGCAUCUGUUGGUGGUUGGCCAGAUAAGGUGGUUGCUCCAUCACCAAUUCCUUAUAGACCUGGUGGUUCUUUGGCUACACCAAAGGAAUUAACUAUUCCUGAUAUCAAGAGAAUCAUUAAAGAAUUCGGAGCAGCUGCUAAGAGGGCCGUUGAAAUUUCGGGCUUUGAUAUAAUUCAAAUUCACGCUGCACAUGGUUAUUUGAUCAAUGAGUUUUAUUCUAAGGUCUCCAACAAGAGAACAGAUGAAUAUGGUGGAUCAUUUGAAAAUAGAGUUCGUUUCUUAUUGGAAAUUAUUGAUGAAGUCAGGGCCAACAUUCCUGAAGACUUCCCAUUGUCGUUGAGAAUUUCUGCUAUUGAUAACUCUCCAGACAAUCCAGAAUCAUGGAAAAUUGAAGACUCUGUUAAGUUAGCGCCAUUGGUCAUUGCUAGGGGAGUUGAUAUCAUUGAUACUUCAUCAGGUGGUAACGAUUCUUCUGCUAAUGCAAGAGGUCCAAGAGAUGGAGUUCACGUCGAGCUUGCAAGAGCAGUUAAAAAGGCCAUUGGAGACUCUGGUUUGGUUUCCUGUGUUGGAUCAUUGAGAACAGCCACAUACGCCAAUAAAUUUCUUGAAGAGGGUGUAUUUGAUAUUGCCGAGUUCGGUAGACCAUUCCUCCAAAACCCUGCACUUGUGAAUCAAUUUGCUGAUGAAUUAGGCGUUAGAAUUGAAAAUGCUAGACAACUUGAGUGGUCGUUGCAUACUGAUAGAAAUCAAAUGAUAGAAGCAAUUGCUGAAGCCAAGAGAAAGGUUGAAGCCCUCAAGCUUUAG